GUAGGUUAUGCAUACUCGGGACCCUGUUGCUUGCAGUUGCGUAAGGACGGGAAACCACGUGUCAAUAUAUCUGUACGAGGAACAGGUUUUGGACUUGUGUCGCAGAAACAGAGGAUGCACCGUCGCGGCCAAUGGAGCCUCGUCACCCAAAUCACUUGCCUGACGUUAGCAGCUGCCUCAGGGUUGUUCACGGCUGGAGCCACAGGCACGGUGGUCUCUCCGUUCUCCAUUACGAGAACGAACGUUCUCCAUUACGAGAACGUCGAGUACGCCGUGACGAAUGCCACUAACGCUUACAAUCGUCACCGCCAGGGCGGCGCGUCCAUCGCCACUCACGCGAUGACGUCACUGGUUGCGCCAUCGUUCAGGUCUCGAGCGAACACAAAAGACGCGCCCGACGGAAGCGAGCGCGGAAACCGGAAGUACAGCGAGGCCCCUACCAGUGAUCACCGCCAGGGCGGCGCGUCCAUCGCCACCCACGCGAUGACGUCACUGGUUGCGCCAUCGUUCUGGUCUCGAGCGAACACAAAAGACUGGCCCGCCGGAAGCGAGCGCGGAAACCGGAAGUACAGCGAGGCCCCUACCAGUGAUCACCGCCAGGGCGGCGCGUCCAUCGCCACCCACGCGAUGACGUCACUAGUUGCGCCAUCGUUCUGGUCUCGAGCGAACACAAAAGACUGGCCCGCCGGAAGCGAGCGCGGAAACCGGAAGUACAGCGAGGCCCCUACCAGUGAUCACCGCCAGGGCGGCGGGUCACUAGCCACUCACGCGAUGACGUCACCGGCUGCGCCAUUACUCAGGCCUCGAGUGCGCAACGAGAGCGAUGGAGCGCUUCCGUGUGCUAGGUGGAUUUCCUUACGCCACAUAUCCAAAAAGUUCGUGGCCGUGCGCUCGUUGCAUGUCCAAGCGUCGGCACUGGGCAGAGCUGUCUUGGGAACCGUUUUCUUCGCGACCAGCCUGCUCGUCGUGGCCUCCCUGUUCGCCUUAGUGUGGUGCUUUUGCCGCAGUUGCCGGGGCGCCAAGAAAGAGGAUAAUCCGCUGGCAACACGGACGCCGCCCCCUGCGUACACUGCACCGAAAGGCGGGUCGUUCGGAGGAAUGCACAGUGUACUGAUCGACCCACCGCCCCCUUACGGCAGCGUCAUCGACUCGACAACCGCUUCAGUUCACUGCAUCGGAACAAGGCAGCCGAACAGCCCUGUUCCUUCGCAGGGAGCAGACCAGCCGCCUGCGUACGAUGCCUCCAUGUCGUCGUCUGCUUCACCGCAGACGGCCUCCGCAAUUCCUCGCUUAUGACUGCCUCAUGACGAUGGUGAUGUUUGCGCGCGGAUUUUCCAUCUACAAUGGCACUCGGUGGACUCGUCGACUUACGUAACCCCGUAUUCUCAAACCAAUGUCUCCUUUACUAGAUGCCUGCCGCGUUGUCCGGUAGCUCGGUUCCGGGUCCUCUCCCUUUUCUCUCCUCCGCGAAAGGCAACGAGCGCCUCUCAUGGCGAACGCCUGCAACUUGCAGCCACGUGCUGCGGCCUCUGAGAUUAACACGGCAUCUAUCACCGUCUCGGAGGCCCGCGAUAACGCUCGCCAACAGACGCCCGCGCAUAUAACGCGCCGGCGUAUGCAUUCAGCCGCCGCUGCCACAUCCGCCGGAAGUUUAAAAGGCAACGAGCGCCGCCGCACGGACUUUAUGCUGGACUAACUUCAACUAAGGGAACCGCCGUUACAAUGGGAAAGCGAGUUACGCGGGGGGCAUCUAGUAAAGGAGGCAUUGCUCAAACGAUCCUCGACUCGAAAGCUCGUCCUCCGCCCCACCGAGUGGAGCAAUGCGCCACCCCUAGACCGAUGAGGGAACUACGCAUCUUGAGAAUUGCCGUGUAUGAUCAUAUAGCGCAGUAACCAUUGCCAUCGAGGGAUGGCGCUGCUAUCUCUACUUUCUUGAGUCUAGGCAGAACGUUGGUUGCAAGAACGUUCUGGCAUACGGAAGUUAAAGUUACAGAACGUAAAGUGAAGGCUCGUCAACUCUUAGGGUGAGCACGUGAGCGCAUGGCAUCGCUCCGCAAAGCGCCGGUUCAAACAUGGCGGCCACCCAUCGAAGGAAGCAAACCAGCGGUGGUGCACUGGCGCCUAGAGGCGUGAAAGUUACUAGUGUAGUCUAGUAGUCUAGACCUAGUCUAUAGUAACGUUGAGAGCCGUCGCUUCGUGUCGUCUGUAAAACUGCUCGGGCGCGCCAGGGAUGUGUACCACCAUCAGACUCUAAGAAACGUUUACACCUUUUGGAGUGUAUAUUUGCGACACAGCAAUAAUCGUCAUCUGUCUUGCCCGCAUUUCCUUUCUUGAAAACGCUGCGCUCGUUACUUUCCUGUCGGCAAUGCUAUAUCGUGCUGGUAACGCGCGUGCCGUUCGUUACUGGAAAGUACCGGGCUCGCCGCGUUAAAGAAAGGAAAUGCGGACAAGACAGAUGACGAUUAUCGUUGUGGGGCAGAUAUACCCCCCAAAAGGUGCAACUGCUUUUAGAGUGUAGUGGGUGGACAGUUGGGCUGGUCUCUGCAUUGACAAUAAAGCGUCGCCAUUUUCCUGGUAGCCAGUAGAAAAGUCAAAAUGUUUUGAAUAUUUGGCUCUACCGUUUCAACCUACACGGUAACAAAAUACGCUGAAUCGAGUAUAUGCAGAAAUAAAUUGUGCUUUUGGCCUAGUUUCUAUUUUC